CGAAAGAAAACAACGAAAAUUGUAUUCAGAUGACUGGGCGCUCGGAGAUGAAGACAUCGAAGGGGCGCGAGUUUUCAGCGUCUAUGAAAAAUUGGAAUCUUCUAAAUUCGAUAAACCAGACAUGAUCCUGGAGAUGCACGGCAGCGAUCUGACUGUGGAAUAUCUUCAGAGACACGGUUUCAACACACCUCUGUUGUUUCGCGAAAAGACAGGUCUAGGACUUCGGGUGCCCACGAAGAAUUUCACAAUCAACGAUGUCAGAAUGUGCGUCGGAAGUCGCAGGGUCCUCGAAGUUAUGGACGUCAAUACGCAGAAGAAUAUACAGAUGACCAUGAAAGAGUGGCAGAAAUAUUACGAAGAUCCAGACAAGAAAGAACUCUUAAAUGUAAUUUCCCUGGAAUUCUCUCACACCAAAUUAGAGAAUUACAUUCAAUCGCCGACCGUUGUUCGGCAAAUUGAUUGGGUCGAUGUGGUUUGGCCUAGAAGAUUAAAAGAGAGCCAAACAGAAUCUACAAAUCUCAUAGACGAAAUGAUGUAUCCAAAAGUUCAAAAAUAUUGUCUGAUGUCUGUGAAGAAUUGUUACACCGAUUUUCAUGUCGAUUUUGGCGGCACGUCUGUGUGGUACCAUAUUUUAAAAGGCAGUAAAGUAUUUUGGCUAAUACCCCCAACAGAAGACAAUCUACAGAAAUAUGAAAAAUGGGUAUUAUCAGGAAAACAAUCCGACGUAUUUUUUGGCGACCAAGUAGAAAAAUGCGGACGUGUAAAGUUAACAGAAGGUAACACAUUUUUUAUACCUACCGGCUGGAUUCAUGCCGUCUACACGCCAUGCGAUUCUUUGGUGUUCGGUGGUAAUUUUUUGCAUUCAUAUGGAAUAGUAAAACAGCUGAAAAUAGCACAAGUUGAAGAUUCUACAAAGGUUCCGCAAAAGUUUCGUUACCCAUUUUUCACGGAAAUGUUGUGGUAUGUAUUGGCGCGUUAUGUGCACAUUCUCUUAGGGAAAGAUCAUCUCUAUGAUGAAAAAAAUGAAAAUGAUAUGGAAGAAGAGGAAGAUAGACAUGAUUCUAGUGCAUUUUUAAAUGGAAAACCUCAUGUCCAUUUAACAAAAAUGGAAUUGCAUGGACUUAAGGAAAUUGUUACAUUCCUUCAUUUACUACCAAAUCAUAAGAAAUCUCUUCCAGAAUUACUACGUAAUGCAGUAGCUUUAAUAAGGGACGUCAGGAAAGUUGUUGAAUUACAUUUUUGUGAUAAUGCCGAAUUGGCAAUUACUGGUAGACCAGUACUCACACCUCUAGAUUCUCCUUAUGGAAAUAAUCUACAACAUCCAUCUGGAGGUAGUUACGUAAGCAAUCAUUAUCUUCAUGAGAAAAGACUUCAUAACAAUUUAACUCCGGUCAGAAGCGUCGGUAGACCGCCAAAAAUUACAUACGAUAGUGAAGGAAAUCCUAUUCCACAUAGAGGGCCAGGAAGGCCGCCAGGUUCUAAAAAGAAUCCUAAUAAUUCAUCUUCGUCUUCAAUUGGUCAUCAUAAUAAUUCUGGUUCUAGUCCAAAUAUGGAUAAGAAUGGCGGACCUAGGAGACGUAGAACGAGGUGCAAAAAGUGUGAGGCUUGUCAACGUUCCGAUUGCGGCGAAUGUACUUUCUGUUUGGACAUGGUGAAAUUUGGUGGUCCAGGUCGCGCUAAGCAGACUUGCAAUAUGCGCCAAUGUUUACAACCGAUGUUGCCUGUUACCGCCGCUUGCGCACUUUGCGGCCUGGACGGAUGGGGAAGACCUCCGGUCGCAACGUCGCAGCAGGUCAGACCCCUACCCCAUCGAGAUGGUGCUCUAACAGCUUCCGCAUUGAUGGAAUGUUGCAUUUGCUAUGAAAUUGCGCAUCCAUCUUGUGUACGAAAGACAAUGUCACCAAAUUCAAUGGGAUCGGAAAACGCGGAAGGAGUUGUUAAUGAAGAUUUACCCAACAGUUGGGAGUGUCCACUGUGUUGCCGUUCUGGUAAAAAUGCAGAUUACAGGCCUCGUCAUUUCCGUGCGCGACAAAAGUCUUCUGACAUUCGAAGAAUGUCAAUAAGUAGUGAUGCAUCUUCUGCAAUUGAGCACAAACAUAUGAUUGAUAAUGAUGGUUGCAAUAGCAAUGGCUCUGAAGACGAAGAAGAAGAUGUUAAACCUACUCUACCUAUCAAGCAAGAACAUGAUGAUACUGAAAUACUCAAUUUGGAUACCAAAAAAAGAAAAAGUGAAGAAGGUGUUACCAUUACAAGCGCUAAAGAAGAACAAUCAGAGCCCCCUAGAAAAUUAGCUGUACGAAUGCAGUUUGCACACCACCUCAGUAGUAAUUCAACUAAGGUACUAAAGAAACCCAUGUACCCCGUUAGGCCUGGACCUUUAACCCAACCUGUGAUAUCUCAUGGAAAUCAUUAUGCUUUGGACACAAAUUGCCUUCUGAAGAUAUUUGAAUAUUUGCCACAAAGCGAACUGUUGAGGUGUGCAUUGGUUUGCAAAACAUGGGCAAAAGUUUCCAUAGACCCAUCACUAUGGAAAGUAAUGACAAUCAAACAGUGUCGUUUAAGUGCUUCAUUACUUUCGGGAAUAAUUAGACGUCAACCGGAGCAUCUAAUUCUAGAUUGGACUACCAUAGCUAAAAGACAAUUAAUAUGGUUGUUGGCUAGGUUACCUACUUUGAAAAUUUUAAGCUUACAGGGCAAUCCUGCAUCAGGAGUCAUAGGUUUAAGGACUUGUUAUUGUCCUCCAAUUCACGAUCUAGAUUUGAGUUUCGUACAAAGUUUUAAUGAUGCUGCUUUACGUGAUAUCUUAUCUCCACCUCUUGAUUCAAGACCAGGUUUGGCUGAUAGCAAAACUCGGUUAAGACAUUUACGAAUUUUAAAAUUAGCUGGUACAGACAUAAGUGACAUUUCUUUAAGGUACAUCACUCAAAAUCUCCAACAAAUAACUAAUUUAGAUCUUAGUUCUUGUCAGAGAAUUACGGACGCGGGGAUUGCACAACUUGCUACAACAGAAUGUACAAUAGUGAAUCUUAAAAAUUUAAAUUUAAGUGGUUGUAAGUUAAUCACAGAGUUGACAUUAGAACAUUUAUCUAGAUGUCAACAAUUAUCUUGCCUCGAUCUCAGGCACGCCCCACAAGUGUCAACACAAGCAGUAAUCAAAUUUGCUGCAAAGUCAAAAUUAGAUUUGCAAUGUUUAGAUGUGAAACUAGUCGACAAAAGACGCAAUAAGCAGACGUAA